CGGAGUUUUCCAGACUGUCGCUGUGUAUUGCCUGUACAAUGCAUGUACUAGAGCUCAACGUUUGUUUUAAAAAGGGUGUUCUGUACUAGAGAGAGAGAGAGAGAGAGAGAGAGAGAGAGAAAGAGAAAGAGAAAGAAAGAGAGAGAGUGUGAGUGAGUGAGUGAGUGAGUGAGUGAGUGAGUGAAAGGACUGGAGGCUCAAAACAGCGGAAGAGAGAAAAGAUAGAGAGUGCAAGUGAGUGUGUGUGUGUUUGAGAGAGAGAGAGAGAGAGAGAGAGAGAGAAAGAGAGAAAGAGAGAGAGUGUGUGAGAGAGAGGGCAAUCAUUCAGCCAUGGCAAAUAUCGCUGUGCAGAGGAUCAAGCGAGAGUUCAAAGAAGUGCUGAAAAGCGAAGAGACAAGUAAAAAUCAAAUAAAGGUAGACCUAGUGGAUGAAAACUUCACAGAGUUAAAGGGGGAAAUAGCAGGACCACCAGACACGCCGUAUGAAGGGGGCAGAUAUCAGUUAGAAAUCAAGAUCCCUGAGACAUAUCCCUUCAAUCCUCCCAAGGUGCGGUUUAUUACUAAGAUCUGGCAUCCCAAUAUAAGUUCAGUUACCGGGGCAAUAUGUUUGGACAUUUUAAAAGACCAAUGGGCUGCUGCUAUGACUCUGCGAACAGUUCUUCUCUCACUACAGGCUCUGUUAGCUGCUGCAGAGCCAGAUGACCCUCAAGACGCUGUGGUAGCCAAUCAGUAUAAGCAGAAUCCAGAAAUGUUCAAACAAACCGCUCGUCUCUGGUCUCAUGUUUACGCUGGCGCUCCUAUGUCUAGUCCAGAGUACACACGCAAAAUAGACAAACUUUGUGCGAUGGGCUUUGACAAAAAUGCAGUAAUAGUAGCUUUGUCCUCAAAAUCAUGGGAUGUGGAGACGGCGACAGAGCUGCUACUUAGCAACUGAUCAUCCAUUAUUCUUCACCAGGCCAUAUUCUCCCCAAACCUGCCCUUGUCAUGCCCCAUUCACUCAAACCCACGCAUCCAUACAUCACAUAUCUUGGUUUUCUGUUCAGAUUGAAUCUUUUGGUAAGAGUUCUGAAAUGUUCCAAAGGCAGCAGUUAAGAUCGGAGUCAUCUUCUGUCUGUCUUAGCAAAUGUUCACACCACUUGUCAUUUCCCCCUACCGUUUUGACUUUUUGCCUUGCCACAAUCAUUCUCCCCCCUCAAAUUUAGGCUGUCACUUCCCUUUUAAAGAAAUCAAACAUGACAAAGCCUGCGUAUCACUGUCAUUUCACACUAAAAGAAAUGAGAGAACAUCCACUUGCAUCUGUGAAACAAUGCUAGUAUGUAAAUUAGUAUAUUUAAGGUUGUGUACAUCAAAGAGGCAAAAUAGCAGGAAUGUUCAUUUUUUUCUAUCUGUACAUCAUAAAACGUUUUGGGAUAUGCUUAUUUGAAUGGGAUACUUGGCACAUAAAAAAACCUAAAUCCUUUGAGAUUGAUAGUACAUCUUCUCUUUAAUGCCCAAAUGUUUGGUUUUAUUAGCUCAUGUGGUUCUUUAGAUUUUUCUUUUGCUCUAAUUAGUUCUUUAUAACAGUUGACAAGGCCAGAUGACAUGGUGUUAUAUUGCAAGUGUAGACAAAGUUUCAGACUUAUUGAACUGUUCAUAUAUUUUAAAUGAAUGUAAGAUUGACCCCUUUCACUUUUCUUUUUUUUUUGGGGAAAUGGGGAGGAUGCAGAAUAAGUGGUCACAAACCCUUCCUCUAUCUCCUUUCAAGGCAGCUGUAGGGGUUGCCACUUCUUAAUUCUAACUUGAGUUGCCUCAAGUUUUUUCUUUUUCUUUUCUGAAGAAUGUAUUCUAUUAAAAAGUUACAUGUAAUAACACCUAUAAAAAAAAAAACGUUGUACAUGUGGAGACAAGGAGGUGAAUAUAUGAGGCUUUUUUCCCCUCUCUUUUCAAGAUUGGCUUUUUUGUGGCAUAAUUAAGACCUUUUGAGGGCGAGACAUGUUUGUUUAAUUUGGCAUUAAAAAGUCUACAAGACAUAUUAUGAGGUAUUGGUCUAUAAUAUGAUCCGUAUUCAGAUUUCCAAAAUAAUAAUUUCAUAUUUACAAUGUAACAUCAUUGUGAGUUUGGGUUAAAAAAAGCAAGUGUUUUUCUAGUCUACAACGAUGCUUCAAAGCAAAAUGGGCCAAGAGUGAGUACUGCCACAUGAUGCUUUGUAAACCCAUUUUUUUUACAUUGUGUAUUUUUUUUACCUUGUGUUCUGUUCUUUUUUCCUCAUUUUGCUGCUUGCCCUCACUCUAUUUGAUAGCAUUCCCCAACCCCCCCCCCCCCCCCCCCUUUUUUUUUUUUUAAAUGCAACCCCUCUUAUUUACCUCUUUUCUCAUGUACAUACAGCCAAGUUUUCUUUUGGGAAAAGUACUGUUCAUCUCUAGAAUGCACCAUCGAUUGCUGGAUUUAUAUUUUGUAUGGAAAAACAAAAAUGAAACAAAAAACAAAAAGACUGUCUUCCUGUAGUGAUCACCUUGUUCAAUAUUGCACGAAGUGGUGAAUUAAAGGACAACACUUUCUGUCAAAGGAGAAAUGCAGGUCAUGGGCUCUGGGUUUAGUCAUUUUAAGCUCCUUUACAAAAUCAGACAGAAAAAAAAAAAAACCUACUCGAGCCAUACAAGCAUGGUUAUUUAUUGUGAAACCGUCAUUCUUUUGAAUUAAAAAAGGUGAAAAAAUAAAA